AUGGAACUACUUGCCAAGAAACGAAAAGCUCUACGAUCCCAGGUCACACGACUGAUCAACGAAGUUCAAGAAGCCCUGACACUGUCGGGUACAGAAGAUGUUUGUGUGUUCGAAGAUAGGCUAAAGGCAUUGCAGCUGCAGUUGAACGCUGUGGACGACAAAAUCGAGCAAGAGCGUGCAGAUCAACUGGACGAGGCAGAGUUCGAGCAAGUAUUUCAGUACAAUAACAAGUUGGUAACGUGUUUGGCGAAGUUGGCACAUCGACGUGAAGCGUUCGAGGCUUCGGAACGAGCUGCACGUGACUCGUCGGGGAGCAACCCUUCGAAUGGAACGGCACUCUCAAUGAAUCGCACGAAGGUUCGACUGCCCAAACUGGAAUUGAUGAGGUUCAACGGAGAAAGGACUACCUGGCAGCAAUUUUGGGAGCAGUUUGACCUCGUCGUACAUCGAAAUGAGGAUCUUACGGAAGUGGACAAAUUCAACUACUUGAAGGGAUGCCUAACGGCUGACGCAGCAGCGGCAGUGAAAGGAUUGCCUCCAACUGCAAGGUGUUACAACGACGCCAUAGACUUGCUCAAGCGACGGUUUGGUGACGAAGAAUUGCUCGUUCAGUCUCAUAUGAGAAAGCUCAUUGACUUGAAUCCAGUUUGUUCUUCGGAUGACGUCAAGGGUCUCAGACAUCUCUACGAUAACGUGGUUGCGCACGUACGAGGAUUGGAAGCAUUGGGAAGAAAGCGGGAGACCUUCAGCAGUCUUCUGCUUCCAAUACUUCAGCGAGCACUACCAAGAGACAUUUUGCUCAGUCUCAACAAAAGGAACAUAAGUGAGCGAAGAGACAGCACUGCAGCGGUUCUCGAGAUGGGUCAACAAGAAACGGGCGACAGUGCUCGUCAGGGAACGAUCGACAGGUCGGAUUCUUUUACACAGUUACUCGACUUCUUGAAAGUGCAAGUCCAAAGCCGAGAAGAUGUGGAGUUCAUGCAACACAUGAGCAGUAGGACGAAGAAACAAGACAGUACACACAGCAACAAAGACAGAGGCAAGCGCAAAGGUUCCAGGAAGUCAUCGUCAACGGCUGUUCUUCAGCAAUCCACCCAGGUAAACAGCUGCUUCUUCUGCAAGGCGGAAAGCCAUUCAACGCUGGAGUGCGACAUGAAGAUUGGACUUGAAGAGAAGAAAAACAGACUUCGCUCUGAACGGAGGUGCUUCAGGUGCACGAGGCCGAAUCACCAAGCAAAGACAUGCCGAAGCCAAGUAAAAUGCAAGAAUUGCGGAGGUAGACAUGCAACGGUCAUGUGUGACCCAGACUUCGUACAGAAGAAAGCAUCCACGCCGGAUGCGAUUACGUCGGUUCCAGUGAAUUUGGAGCGUCACAGUGACCAAAGGAGAUCAGCCGUUCUGUUACCCACCCUGACAGUUUGGGGUUGCAGGACUUCUCAACGGGAACAUGUUCGAGCGCUCCUCGACAGUGGAAGCCAACGUUCAUUUGUGUGCACAGAAAUCUCCAGGAAGAUGAGAUGCAAGAAAGUUGGGACGGAGACGCUGACAGUCGGAGUCUUUGGUGGUCAUCAAACCGAGAAGGAAUUUCCACGCGUACUCGUACGCUUGGAAAUAGGAGACGGCAAGUGCCAGGAGAUAGAAGCCCUGGAGAUAGAGACGAUAUGCAAUCAGUUCAUUCCAAGCCCAUCAAGUGCUGUCGCCAAGAAACUAACACAGCUUCAGUGCAGAUUGGGUGACACGUCAGCACUGGGAGGUCCAGUUAACAUUGGGCUACUGUUCAGAUGUGAACACUAUUGGACAGUCACCACGGGCCGGUCAAGAAAACUGAACGGCCAACUACGAGCAAUAGAAACGGUAUUUGGAUGGGCUGUCCAAGGUCCCGCACCAGAAGAAGCAGAAGGAGAUGGCCAGUGUUCACAAGCUAUUGCGUUAAAGGCUGCACUUUGCAACCGAGAUACUUCUGACAUCUUGACGAAGUUCUGGGCACUCGAAGCAAUUGGUAUCGAUGACAUGGAAUCUCAGGGACUGGGCGACCCAGUUGUGAACUACUUCGAGCAAACAGUGAGCAAGAGUGAUGAACGAUACGAAGUAGCAUUACCGUGGAUGGACCACGUUAACCUCAAUAACAACAAAGAAGUGGCCAAGAGACGGCUCCAGCAGCUGACGAGAAGUUUACAGAAAGCACCGGUGUUGCUGAAAGCCUACGACGUGGCGAUCCGACAAUACUACGGAGACGACAUGGCGGAGCUGGUGGGCGAAGACAUUCAGACGGAGCAUUUCACCUAUUACAUGCCGCACCAGGCGGUUGUUCGUGAAGCAAACAGUACGACGAAACUGCGGGUAAUGUGUGACGCGUCAUCACACGCUCCAGGGUCAUUGUCUCUCAACGACAAUUUACAAAGCGGACCGAACUUGACAGCAGAUCUCGUUGCCCUCCUACUGAACUUCAGGCAGCACAACGUUGCGCUUGUCGCAGACAUGGAAAAGGCCAGAUUCAAGUGA